CGCGUUCGUGUUUACGUUUAACUCGGCUACGACGGGAUAUGUUUUGUCGACGGAGGCGAUGAUUACAAAAUCCUACUUUCAGAGUCGCCGCUACGAUUCAGCGCGAUAAUUUUAAUAUCGCCUAAAAUCGUAACGUUGUGUGUUUCCCUACUCAUCUCUGCCUAUUCUCAAGUCAUCGACGUAUAGUACGGACUGUGGUAUAGACCGUAUGGACUACGCACAGAGAUGAGUACGAACCUACUCAUCUCUGCUACGCACAUGUAGAUCCAUUAAUUGAUACACGGAUGCCCGGACACUGCCGCCAAAAUGACUUCGGGAAUCUUCGGUAUCUGCCGAAAGAACUCGUGACCAUGGUCUUUCCCGUUAUACCGUAAACUUCUUCUCAUCGUGUCCUGUGAUUGGUGCAGUCCGUUGGAUCUCAUCAUCAAUUUGCUUCUCAUUUCCCGCCAGAGUUAGGUCACAGUCGUGCACAUUUUUCGGCGCCAAAAGGUACACGCUUGUUGCUUAGCACCGGUUUCCGUCUGUCGAGUGUUUUCAUCAUUAAUUUCAUUGUGAAAAAGAUUUCCUAAAUUGGCAAGGAUGCUGAGCAUCGCAACGGCUGCGGUGCACCGCAGCAUGCGUCCAAAGACGCCCAGUCCGGGUUCAAGUGCUUCUACCUUAGUUGGUGCAAAUCAUCCAUGGUCAACGGAGCAUACACCAUCACCAAAAAGGAGACGUAUGCGUCAAGGUUCAUGUAGUGCGCGAAAAAAGAUAAUUACAAGCCCGGUGGAAGAAGUUCCAAUUAAUUUUGAGUUUGAUAAUCCUGAGAUUACUUUGACUCUUGUCAGGAAAAGUUCCUUUGAUCAGUUUGACAACAAACAACAUAAUGAAACAGUGAACAACAAACGUUAUAAGACUAAAAGCACCAGUAGCGAACCUGGAGAAUCUUUGGAGCUUUCAGAACGGAUAGAUUGUGGAGAUAGAACAACGCAAGGAAAAAGAUUUAAAUCUAAUUCCAAAUCCGUUGUAAUAUCGUUUCUCAAUUCGAGUGAGAUCAGUAUAAAACCAGUAAACAAGCAAAUCAGUGUAACAUCCAAUGAGAAUGUAUCGGCUCCAGAGUCAUCGGAAGCCUGCAAUGUUUUACAGCAGAGCAAGACAAAGACAAGUAUUCUUCUCUCGAGCAAGACGGCUUUAUCAGAAGAGUGUAAUUCUACAAAACCUAAGGAACUUUCUGAACCUCAUGAAAGUGACCCAAUGAAUAAGGAUAAUGUAUCAAAUCAAGAGAACUGUGUUAGCAUACCUGUGACUGCUGUUUCUAAAUCAUCAGAGAGUACUCAGAGCACAGAGAAACCUAAAGAGCGAGAAAGUCUCACAACGAAACUCGCUAGGGCUGUAAAUAUCCUUAAGGCAUUUGAGAAACGCUCAGUGGAAGUAGAUAGCGCCCGGGAAGUACCUGCAGAGGAGUUUGAAUACGUUCCCAAGGUAUUUGAAAAUGAGUUCUCCGAGGAAAUUGAGCAGCAUCCUUGGUCCAUGUCAGAGUCGGAAAAUAAAGAGGAAAACUGGGAUCAAAACGACGACGUAGUUUUACCUAAACCUUGCGGAAGUGGUUUUGUCUCUGAUGACCUUUUUCUACUCACCGAUAGCGACCUGGAUAUUCCUUAUUAUAUGGUGGGCUUCCCUAAUCCACCAGGUGAAAAUCGCUGCUGGUUAAAUGCCACGUUACACGCUCUGUUUGCUCUGCCACUGUUGGAGAAUAUGAAAAACAUUAAUUUAGAUGAUAGCUCGCAAUUAAUCAAAACGCUAAUAGCAAUGCAAAUAUUCUGGAAGAAAGGAACAUCGGAAAAGCAGAAGACAUACCAGACUGUAAAGAUGUUCAAGGAGGAACUGAGUAUUCUUGACGAAUCUUAUCCAUCUGAACGCCAGCAGGACGUCUCUGAAUUCCUUAUGAUCUUUCUAAAUUAUAUAAGAAGUGACAUAGAUAAGUUGUUGGUAGCAGAUGCUGUAAUGUCCGAGACAGAAAAUAUUCCGGAGAACCGUCAGGAUUCACGUAGAAUACCAAAAACUCCUCACACUCCAGGAAAACGUCAGCCUCUGGCGGAUAUCUCUUGUAACAGUGGUAAAAGGAGUUGCGCUGAAGGUACUACAAAACCCAGGAAGUUGACCUAUGGUGUACAGGAUCUUCUAAGUCCAAAGAGUACACGACUAUCUAAUCCUACUGAUCCAUCUUAUAAAGUUCACACACCACCACAUUCCUCAAGUACCACCACUGAGAUGAUUAUCUCCAAGAACCCCAUCGAUGAAUACUUUCUUCUGCACAUGAUGGAGAAUUACAUGUGUAAAGGUUGCCUGAAGCAUCGUCAGAAGAAGGUGGACAAUCUUAUGCUGUACGUAGAUCUUCCUUCAGAGACAGAAGGACCAGCUGUCAGUCUAGAAGAUGCUAUUAAAAAAUCCCUGGCCCCGGAAGACAGAAAUUUAACUUGUGGAACGUGUAAGUUUGACGUACACACUAUGAGGACGACUUUUAGGAGAUGGCCCAGGGUUUUGACAGUCCAGGUCAAUCGAUAUGGCAUGACCGAUGGACUCUUCAGCAAAAUCAGUACAGCUGUCACAAUUCCUGAGAGUCUUGUACUGGAUAACAAUCUUGUCGAUAGUGUCUCCGUAGCAGCCUGUAAGUAUGAACCCACCUGUAUAAUCGCCCACGUAGGGAGCACAAUGGACUGUGGGCAUUAUACAAGCUACGUAAAUCACAAUUCCCAAUGGUUUCAUUACAACGACAUGAAUGUAACACCAAUGACCUCUUCGGAAGCCCUUGGAGCAGCAGAUACUACAGCAUACCUGGUAUUCUUUGUAGCUGCACAGAUACCAGAAGUAUCAGAUUCCAGCUAGUCCAGAAUUCCCAGGAAAAUAUCGAAGACUUACAUGUUAAAGAAAGGAAACACUUUACCCAGUGGACUACACCCUGGACGAGUCUGGAGGAAAUGUAAAAUAAACAAGUACCUUCUCUACAGGACUGCGUAAAGGAUGUUUUCUAGUCGCGAACAAAUCGUGCAAUCGAGGCCUUCCGUUAUAAAAGGUGCCAAAGGAAGCAAUAGUCCUCGAGGAUGACGAUGACGAAGACGACGAUCCUCAAAUAUACUACACAUAAUACGCGACCCUAGACCAUAUUCUGUACUUCAGUCUUGUCAGUUAUACUCAAGGAACUACGAAAAUAACAUAAAAUGUGGAUUAACUCGCGAUCUGCCAUCAGUACAAAAUCCAAACGAAAAUAUUCCAAACCGGUAAAAAUCUAUUGUCUCAAGACAACGGAGAACCACGAAUCACUCCAAGAACUACUGAAAGUUCACCCUGGACCGCCUUUACAUUAUUGUAAAUAAAUGAAACGUGAAAAUUCACGUCGCGAAUUAAAAGCUAUAUUAUUUUGCUUCAAAUAAUAAGCAACGGAACAAUCGUAUAAGGUAAUAACAGUAGCUAAUUAUGCGUAAGAAUUUGUAAAGUGUUUCAUGACUUUUCUUAUCAGGUUUAUAUCUAAUAUAGAUUAUUACUAUUAUUAUUGUCUAUAGAUAUAAUUCACUCUAGACUGCCCCUAUCGUCACUUUUAUUCUAAUUGAUUUCGGCAAGGAUGAGCACUAUGUAAUUUAAUUAUUAAGAUUCCACAGUGGCAUCCGAUACAAAGCAACAUAUCCAAAGCAUUUAAAGCAUAGUCCCGCUAAAUAUAUAAAUAUAUAUAUAUAUAUAUAUACAUUUAAUUAAUCACAUUUAAAAGAUCGUACAUAGCGUCACGGUCUUUCUUUAAUUUAAUUUCUUAGGUACCCGCGAUUCCAUCUGACUGUCGGAAACCCAAAUGUACCACCACUAAAAUCUAACUUCCCGAAUGGUUAUUCUCUUGAAAUAUCGAUGUAUCGAAAUUACAAUAAUUAAAUAUAUAUAAUCAGAGCUAUGCACCGGCAUAACAGAAUAUUGUAUUUUCCAUGCACCGACAUUUCAGGAGAAUAACUAUUCACGAAAUUUUAUUUCAGUAAUUUGAUACAUUCGAGUUUCUGACACUCGGUGAAAUCACUGGUACCAAAUUUCAUAUGUCUGUACUUGAUUCUCACAUAAUAUCACAGGGGCACGUAUCCAAAUGAAUUCAAUGUACUUCAUCUAGAUCCGUGCUCUCUUCUACGCGUAAUAAGUCUACUUCAAUUUCAAAUAUCAGUACCAUAUCUUAGAAUAUACCCUGAUCGAUGAUACCAUGCACUAUUAUUCGUCCCUUAGUAAUAAAUAAGAAUAAACCUUGUAAGCUUCUCGGCAGAAACAUCAGCCAGUAUGCGCGGUACGAUUGAAGUGUCGGAAAAGGAAAAAGUUAAGCAAUGAAACAAUAAAAAAUACACAGUGCCUUGUCCAAAGUAUUUCUAUAAGAAAUGGAGCAAUGUCUUUUGUGUUCUACUACUAUAUAACAUGUAACAUAUGUUUUGUACGUCAAAUAAAAUAAAUGCAGGCACGGUACACAAUUUUUGGAAACGA